UUUAUAAUGAACUAUGCCCAAGCACACAAUACCAAUCCUGCUUUUCACAUCAAAAUUAUUAUGCUCCCUGCAUGCAGAGAGUGACUGGAUCAGAUGUCCAUUUCAUAAUUGUUAAAAGAAACUCCUCCUGCACAGAUUGACAAAGGAACAGUUAGAGUUACUGGAAGUGCACACAGUUAAUCAAGAACAAGAAGAGGUCCAAGAUGCCACCCCCUGUUCAAGAUCUCCCUCCCCCAGACGGAGACUGGGGCUGGGCAGUGGUCGCCGGAGCUUUCAUCUCCAUUGGUUUUUCUUAUGCGUUUCCCAAAGCCAUAACUGUGUUCUAUAAGGAUAUCCAGGAGAUCUUUCAUACCUCAUAUAGUGAGAUCGCAUGGAUCUCGUCAAUCAUGCUGGCGGUCAUGUAUGCUGGAGGGCCUAUAAGCAGCAUUCUUGUAAACAAGCAUGGAUCCCGUCCAGUGAUGAUUGGUGGAGGGCUCCUGUGUUCAUUUGGGAUGAUAUCUGCUUCAUUCGUCAACAAUGUUAUUGGGCUUUACGUUUGUAUAGGGAUCAUUGGAGGUCUUGGAUUGGCUUUCAAUUUGCAACCUUCCUUAACUAUGAUUGGAAAGUACUUUUACAAGAAGAGACCUAUUGCUAAUGGACUGGCUAUGGCUGGUAGUCCAGUGUUUCUCUGUAGUUUGGCACCUUUAAAUCAGUUCUUAUUCAAUCAGUUUGGAUGGAGAGGCAGUUUCAUCAUCCUCGGUGGACUCCUGUUAAACUGCUGUGUGGCAGGUUCCUUGAUGAGGCCAUUGGUACCCAAGCCAACGCCCAAGAUCAAAAAAGACCCAGAGUUUGCAGCCCCGAAGAAGGAUGAGAGUGCAGACACAGGGGCCAGCUCUUUGAAGAAAGAGAAGAAAAAGUUUUCAUUGUAUGCAGUAUUAAAUAAGUACCUUGAUCUCAGCCUCUUCCAGCAUCGAGGUUUUCUCAUUUAUUUAUCAGGAAACGUUAUCAUGUUCUUUGGCUUCUUUUCCCCAAUAGUGUUCUUGGCUCCUUAUGCCAAGCACAAGGGCAUAGAUGAGUAUUCUGCAGCCUUUUUGCUUUCCAUUCUUGCUUUUGUAGACAUGUUCGCACGGCCCUCCAUGGGUCUUCUCGCAAACUCUAAAUGGGUGAGACCAAAAAUCCAGUAUUUCUUAAGUUUUGCGGUAUUCUACAAUGGGCUCUGUCACGUUCUGUGUCCAUUAGCAGAGGACUAUACAGGUCUGGUGAUCUACGCCAUCUUCUUUGGCUUCGCCUUCGGGAUGGUGAGCUCCGUUUUAUUCGAAACGCUAAUGGAUUUAGUUGGAGCCAAGAGGUUCUCCAAUGCAGUGGGGCUUGUGACGAUCGUCGAGUGCUGUCCUGUGCUUCUGGGGCCACCACUAGGAGGUUUACUGGUGGACCUAACUAAAGAUUACAAAUACAUGUACAUAACCUGUGGGAGCAUUGUAAUAGUAGCAAGCAUCUACUUAUUUAUCGGAAAUUUCAUCAACUACAGACUCCUGGAGAAGGAGAAGAAAAUUAGAGAGGAGAAUAUGAAAACACCCCCAGAUGAUUCAGAGGUGAAAGAUGGUGGUGACCAUAUCAAGAGCAUCGACACUGAUGAUGUUGCAGUUGAUCCUCGGAAACUCUUGGAAAGUUCUGCUGAUAAAGAAACUAAUAUUUAAUGGAGCGCCCUGUGUACUUGAAUUUGAGUGCCAGAAUUUUCACUUUACUUCAGAGGAUUAUAUGUCAGUCUUUUGGGUAGAUAUGCAGGGCUCCAACAGGGGCAUUUCCCGCUGCAUUUAGCCUGUUUCGUUCCUUAACCCUUUAGACCCAAAAGGGAAUCCUUGGUUCCUAAGUGUUACCUGGUCGGAGUUUUUCAGGGAUGCAACUAAAUCACAUAUUUGUCCAUAGACGGGUAUCAGUGCACAGUUCGUGCUCCCCUGUCCUGAGGUGCAGAGGAAAUAAUACUCAGAGUUAACGUGCUUGGUUGGGAGCACAAAAUCCUCCUUCUGCCUCACAAUGUCAUUACAGUAUUCACAACUUUUCACUUUAUGCUAAUAUGCAGCCAUUUUUAUUCCUUGUCAUUAUUGUCACAGAUGAGUAGUUUUAACAGUGUGUCAGCAUAAAAAUGGGGACAGUAGUUCUUUUCUUAUCAAACUCAUAUUUAAAUAUUACUAUGCACUAAAACAUUUUUUUACAGUCUAAGGUAUCCAUGCUAGGAGCAGCAUAAAUUACAAAAACAGCAACACAAGCAGAAUCAGAGUGAAUCUUAGAGUCAGCAAUAUGAGCUUGCCUCAGAAGAGGGCAGCAGACUAAGAUAAACUUAAUUUCCUCAGGAAGAGAUGCACCUUUACUGCUAGUUCUUCAAAUAGAGUAAGUCAGCCUAUAAUUUAGGAAACUUUCAGGAAACCAAACAAUAGGAAAUAACAUAUUGCAUUCACUUUUGCAGCUAACUAAUUAAAACCAGCUUUUCAGUAUAAAGGUUUCAUGUAAAUCAGAAAGAGUUUGAAGAUCCAAGAUCCUUAGUGUUCAGCUACAAACCAAUCACUGGGUUAAAAAUGCAGUGUUUCAUAAUAGAAUCGAUAUUCUCAAAUUGUUAUGAAACAUAUUUUUCACCUGAAUAUUAAUUCUCUGAAAUUGGUCUAUAUAAUCCAACUAAUUCCACAAACUUCAAGAGAUGAACCAUUAAGGGUUAUUUUAAAUACAGAAUUAAAUAAAGAUUUGUGUUUAAAAUAGUUGCAUUUUACACUGUUAAAUGACAGGAUCAAAUUUCAUAUUAUGAAGUGACAUUGUGUUGUUUUAGAGGAAAUACUGACUGUAGUAGAAAUCUUUCAUAUGCAACAAAAUAAAAAGUUCAGAGUAAUAAAGCCUGAAUAAUGUAACCGGAGGUGCUCAAGACAGUGUUGGGUCAGCUCAUAUAAUGUCAGGAUAAAACAAUUGCAAGAGAACAACUGGACCUUCCUGUGGGGAAAUGUCACAUCUUUGCAUUGCUCCUCCACGCAGCAACCUAACCUCAGGCAGGAAAUAAUUAAGUGGAGAAUUACAACAGACACAGGCUGCAUCCUACCACACCAUGGAACACUUACAAUCCUUACCUCACUUAUAAAUGUGAUGCACUGAUCUCUUCCCAUUGCAUUUUUCCCAGCCUUAAUCUUGUUCUGGUUGCUUCCUAAAUUUAACACUUGCCUUUUUAUUUGUUCACGACUAGUAAUAAGAAACCUCUGUAAAUAUCUGAUGUAGUCUGUGACACUAGAGUUUCUUUAACCGUAAGUCUUCUUUACCUGAAUCAAUCUUGUGUAACUGGACAAUCCUUUGGUGAAAGAAUACUUUCUGUAACUCAUUGACAUAUCUGAACACCGCCCCCCCCCCCCCCCCCCCCCCCCCACUCCCCAUCUAUGUAUGUUUCUCAACCACAAAUACUGUCUGUAAAAUUAAAGAUGAAUAUAGCAGAACCUGA